AUGGUGGUUAAGAUUCCAGUGCUGGUACUGUUGCAGUCUCAGAUAAUGUACUUGACACAAAACUAUCAGAAUAUUCUGGCCUUGGAAUUUGCUUCAAAGGAAAUCAAUGAAAACCCUCACCUCCUACCCAACAUCACCUUGGGCUUCCACAUUUACAACACCAACUUCAUCGGAAGCUGGACCUAUCGUGGUGCACUGGAGCUUCUUUCAACAAAGGGCAAAUUCAUCCCCAAUUACAAGUGUGAUGGCCAGAACAAUGAAAUAGCUGUCAUUGGAGGACCUCAUACAAAAAUCUCUCUGGAUAUGGCAAAUAUCCUGUGCAAUUACAAGAUACAACAGAGAGGCAUCUGCUUUGACUUCAUUGAAUAUUUCCCCAAGAAGAUCUACAAUAGUCAGUUAGCUGAAAUGUGGGACGAUGGAACUAAAGCAUACAACAUUGUUGGGGCAACCAUGGCAUCUGCUGUAAUUGUUCAAGGUGAAUUUAUGAUUAUGAGAUUGUUGUUCUCUUAUCACGUUCAAACAAAAAAUGAUAAAAUCUGGAUCACAACAGCCCAGAUGGUUUUCACUUCCAUUUCUAUUCAAAGGAACUGGCCUCUACACUUCAUUCAUGGUGCUAUAUCCAUUAUGGUUCACUUAAGUGACUUGGUAGGAUUUCAGGAUUUUGUUAGGGAAAGAAAAUUGGCCACCAAUCCAGAAGAUGGCUUUCUCAAGGGUUUUUGGGAAGAUGCGUUUCAAUGUGCGUUCCCGAACUCUAGUGGAGAAAAGACUUUUGAUGGUAUAUGCACUGGGGAUGAGGAUAUAGAAACUCUGCCUUCUUCGAUUUUUGACAUGAACAUGAAUAGCCACAGUUACACCGUCUACAAUGCCGUCUAUGCUGUGGUACAUGCCUUGCAUGCUCUAUAUUCAUUCAAAAGGAAACAUAUAGUUUUGCCAGAUCUAAGUCAACUGGAUCUUCUCCAUCAAGGAUCAUGGCAGAUAUCUGUUGAGAGCACAUCCCUUGGAGUGUCUUCUGUUGCCAUGGUACUUGCUCUGAUUGAUUUUCCUAUCAUGUCUCAUGCUGCUUCAGGCAUUCUCUCAGCAGCUCAUCUUUGGUUGCAUCAUUUUCUGAGGACUGUCUCGUUUAACAAUAAUGCUGGGGAGCCCGUUUCCUUUGAUGAAAGUGGCCAAUUAGUGUCAGGAUUUGAUCUAAUCAACUGGAUCACCUUGCCAAACCAGUCCUUCCUUAGAGUCAAAGUUGGAAGUUUAGAUGUACAUAAUUCUGAAGAAAUGAAAUUCACCAUUCAGGAGAAGGCCAUUGUUUGGCCCACCAGUUUUAAUCAGGUUCAGCCCCUUUCUGUGUGCAAUGAUCAUUGUCUUUCAGGUCAUAGAAAAACCAUGAAAGAAGGAAAGCUGUUCUGUUGCUAUGACUGCCUUCCAUGUGCUGAAGGAAAGAUUUCAGCACAACAGGAUGCAGAUGACUGUGUGCCAUGUCCAGGAGAGCAAUAUGCAAAUUUCCAUCAAAAUGCAUGCAUUGACAAAGAGAUCACCUUCCUGUCUUACCAAGAACCUUUAGGAACUGUGUCCUUGGUGUUUGCAUUCUCCUUUGCUUUCAUGACAGUACUUGUGCUUGCUAUAUUCAUUAAGCACAAAAAUACCCCUGUUGUCAAAGCCAACAACCAGAGCCUCUCCUACCUUCUCCUCACUUCUCUUCUCUUCUCCUUCCUUUCUGCUUUCCUUUUGAUUGGUCGGCCUACAGUACUGACAUGUCUCCUUCGACAAGUUGCUUUUAGCUUCAUUUUUUCCGUAGCAAUUUCUUGUGUGCUGGCCAAGACGAUCAUUGUAGUUCUGGCUUUCAUGGCCACGAAGCCAGGAUCUGGAAUAAGGAAAUGGGUAGGGAACAGAUUGUCUGCUUCUGUUGUCUUUUCUUGCUCCUUUCUUCAAGCUUCUCUUUGUGCCAUUUGGUUGGCAACCUCUGCCCCAUUUCCACAUUUUGACAUGUAUUCCCUGCGUAACGAAAUUAUCCUGGAAUGUAAGGAAGGGUCGACCUACAUGUUUUACUGUGUCUUGGGCUUCAUGAACAUUCUUGCCCUAGUCAGUUUCUUGGUUGCCUAUUUAGCUAGGAACUUACCUGACACCUUUAAUGAAGCCAAGUUCAUCACCUUCAGCAUGCUGAUCUUCUGCAGUGUGUGGGUGUCUUUUUUCCCAGCCUAUCUGAGCACCAAGGGCAAACACAUGGUAGCUGUGGAAAUCUUCUCCAUCUUUGGCUCCAGCGCAGGGUUACUGGCUUGCAUUUUUUUACCCAAAUGUUACAUUAUUCUUUUCCGGCCUGAACUAAAUAAAAGAGAACAGCUAGUGAAGAAGAAAUAA